CCUACUGUUGGGUAGGACGAGUUCCCCUGCUUCUUCACCAUUUGCAGGAGGACUCAGAGACCACAUUAGGCAAGAGGAGAGAAAACUGAAACUCCUUUGAGACCUUUAGAGACUAAAAUGCUAGGGGGCACCCAGAUUUGAACUGGGGACCUCUUGAUCUGCAGUCAAAUGCUCUACCCCUGAGCUAUACCCCCUGCCAUACCAGUGGGACCCGAUGAGCACCUUUUGCUUGUACAGCCACACCCAGAGUUCCUGCCCCAGAUGCCCCUUCCGCGUGGCUCGGCUCAGUUGCCAGACCUGCUUUACUGCUAACUCAUCCCCCCACUUUGAAGAAGCCACAGGUUCCCUUCUCCCAUAGCACCACAGCCUCUCCACUGUCAGGCCCUGGAGCGGGGCAGUUACCUGGGGAGAAGCCAUGACAGCUGGAAGGACCAACAGUCACGUCUGUGUAGUGGGUUCGUGCUGAGCACCUGAGAACAGACUCCCAAGUCCCUGUGGCCAGACCCAGCCUGGAGCCCCUCAAAGAUGGGACUCCCAAUAUGCCAAGGUUGUACCAAGGUUGUAUGUUCAAUCCCCAAGGUUGUAUGCAAGAAUCAACCAAUGAAUGCAUUGCUAGUUCAAGAACAAAUUGAUCUCUCCCUGUCUCUAUCUGAAGUAGUGGGAUUGGUUAACAUGAAAUAUUAUGGGUCUUUACUCCAACGUGAUGGGUGUCCUAGGAAGAGAAGAGACUCAGGCUGAAGACAGAGGCAGAGCCUGGGUGAUGCAUCUACGAGCCAAGGAAGGCCCGGGGUCACCAACAAACACCAGAAGCUGGAGGGAGGCCAGGAAGGGGCCUCCUCUAGCGCCUUUGGAGAGAGCCCGGCCCCCCUGACACCUCCAUUUCAGACGCUGGCAUCCAGGACUGUGAGACACUACAUUCCUGUUGUUUAUGUUACCCAUGCUGCGGUAGUUUGUUGCAGAAGCUACAGGACAUGCUCGUUAGUGAUAAUCUGCAUCACCUCCUGUUAGAAGAACUGGCUCAGGUUUUGUGUCUGGACUGGACCAUGGGUGAUACUAAAGUUGGUCCCAUUGGGGUGCCAGGAAACAGACCCUGGAAGGAGGCUUUGGGGAUGGAUUUGGGCUUGUCCUUGGCCUUCUCGGCUGUGCCCAGUGCCUGACUGGGUCCUGAAUCAGAAGAGAUGCCAUAAAGGGGGGACUAGAGUGCCUUCUCCAUUGAAGUGACUUUGUCAGUUCAGCUCCAGGAGGAAAAGAGACUCUCCGAGGGGGCACCCGGAUUUGAACCGGGGACCUCUUGAUCUGCAGUCAAAUGCUCUACCCCUGAGCUAUACCCCCUCUUAUUAACAGUGGUGUAUAAUUAAUACACUUUACACCUCCACUCUCACACAGGCUGUUGAUUCUGACUCAGCAGAGUUGCUAGUCCUGCUCAACUCUACUUGUAACUCUUAGGCCAUAAUUAUUCUUUUUCCAGAAAGGCACCCUCUCUUCUGAGCACCAGCUAGAAAGGUCACCGAGGGUUCCAUCUGGAGCAGCAAAGUCUGUACCUUGCUUGGUGUAUCAGGCGGAAGAUGAAGCCGAGAGCCGAGUUGCUCAUUUCUGAGCGAGGACUAGACUGUUCUUCACCUGCUUAUCAGUUGAGGCUACUUUCAAGUUGUCCACAGUGUGGGGCCGAGCUCCCUCUGACCUUUGAGGAUGUUGCCAUUUACUUCUCGGAGCAAGAAUGGCAGAGACUAGAGGCCUGGCAGAAGGAGCUUUACAAGCAUGUGAUGAGAGCCAUUUAUGAGAUCCUGGCUUCCCUAGAUGGCGGACUUCCCAAACCAGAACUGAUAUCCCGGAUUGAACAGGGGACAGAGCUCUUCAGGAAGUUAGGAGAACCACAGAAAUCAGGAACCAUAACUUGCAACCCUGCUGAUCUGCAUUUUGGCGCAGUUGUUGAGGGGCAGCAGUUCUGGGGAUCAGGAAGCCAGCAGGCCGGGAGUCCCAGAGAACCCGAACGCCACUUGCAGGUGCAGCCUCUUGAGAGCCCCCGUUGCUCUGAACCCUUAUCGGGAAGAAGCAAAGGCAUUUCCUUCAGACCCGACCAAGGUGUUGCCCUCGUGAAGCCAGACAGACGCAAUCUACGGGCUCUGCUCCCAGCAGUCCACCACUCCAGGGAGCUCCCGCAAAGAGAUGGAAUCUUGAACCCCACAGCUCGGGGUCCCCCAGACCCCCAGGAAGCGCCCUCCAGGGAGGGCGCCCCGCCCCCCCAGCCUGUCUGCAGGGAAAGCUUUUGGAAGAAGAACCCCUUAGAGAAGCACCACAGAAGCCGCUCAAGGGACCAGCUGUGUGGGGCCUGGGAGAAGCCGGGCAGACCAGCUGAUCCACAGCAUCCGUGUAGCACCCCUUGGGGACAGAGGCGCUCCAGAUGUCACGAAUGUGGAAGGAGCUUCCGCCUGAAGCAGGAUUUGCUGGGACAUCUGCCCGCACAUGCGGGGAGGAGCCCGCUGCUGAAUCCUGACUGUAAUGGGUGCCUCUACCGCAGGUGGGCCCUUCUCAGCCCCCACCUCCUGCACCCAGGGCAGAGGCCUGCCCCGUGCCCCAGGUGCGACAAGAGCUUCCUCCUGAACAACAGCACGCAGGCCCCCCAGGGCCAGGGCAGCAGGGCAGGGCCAGGCUCCCACAGAGAGGGCGCUGGGGCCUUCGAGACCAGCAGUGGUCACUCAGGAGAGAGGCCAGGCCCCUGUCCGGCUCGUGAGGAGCACUGCCACCUGACGGGGGGCAUGGAGGUCAUCCUGCAGCACUGCCCCGCCAGGGAGAGGCCACUCUCUUGCACAGAAUGCGACAAGGGCUCCUCUGCCAGGGCCGCGCUCCCCAGCCAUGUCCGGGUGCACACAGGAGGAAAGCCCUUCCCGUGCCUGGAGAGUGACAAGAGCUUCCGCCUGAGUGGCCUGCUGAAGGCCCACCAGCGUGGGCACAGUGGGGAGACACCCUUCUCCUGCGGGAAGUGUGGCAAGGGCUUCAGCAAGCAGUGUGAGCUCGCCGAGCACACCCGGGUGCACAGCGGGGAGAAGCCCUUCUGGUGUGGCGAGUGUGGCCGGGACUUCCGCCAGAGGGGACAGCUGCUGAGGCACCAGCGGCUGCACAGUGACGCGAAGCCCUUUCAGUGCCCGGAGUGCGAGCGGAGCUUCCGUCUGAAGAGCUUGCUGAAAGCCCACCGGCUGCGACACAGCGGGGAGAGGCCGUUCUCCUGCGGCGAGUGUGGCCGUGGCUUCACCCACCAGUGCAAGCUCCGGGAGCACCUGCGUGUCCACAGCGGGGAGAGGCCCUUCCAGUGCCCCCAGUGCGACAAGAGCUUCCGCCUGAAGGGCAUUCUGAAGGCCCACCAGCGCACCCACAGCGCGGAGAGGCCGUUCUGCUGUGCGGAGUGUGGCAAGGGCUUCACCAGGCAGUCCAAGCUCACCGAGCACCUGCGCGUGCACAGUGGGGAGAGGCCCUUCCAGUGCUCCGACUGCGACAGGAGUUUCCGCCUCAAGGGGCAGCUGCUGAGUCACCAGCGCCUGCACACAGGAGAGAGGCCCUUCCAGUGCCCCGAGUGCGACAAGAGCUACCGCGUGAAGGCUGACAUGAAGGCCCACCAGCUGCUGCACAGUGGGCAGCUGCCCUUCUCCUGCGAGUGUGGCAAAGGCUUUGCGAAGCAGUCAAAGCUUGUCGAGCACAUGCGGACACACACAGGGGAGAAGCCCUUUCAAUGUCCCAAGUGCGACAAGAGUUUCCGCUUGAAGGCACAGCUGCUCAGCCACCAAGGCCUGCACACAGGGGAGAGACCUUUCCACUGCCCCGAGUGUGACAAAAACUUCCGGGAAAGGGGACACAUGCUGAGGCACCAGCGCAUACACAGGCCCGAGAGGCCCUUUGCCUGUGGCGACUGUGGGAAGGGCUUCAUCUAUAAGUCAAAGCUGGCUGAGCACGCCCGGGUGCACACAAAAUCCUACCGGGCCCCGAGUGGCCCGGACAUUCAGAGACGGCUCAGCCAGCUGUUCGCCAUGAUUGAGGCCGACUGGAGCUGAGACGCCGCAGGUCCGAAGCCAUCAGUGGGUGGCGAGAGCCUGGGGGUCGCCAUGGCCCAGCCCCUGCUGCACAGGUUUUAAGCAACGGGGCCCUGUUCUGAGCCAGAAUGGAACAUGUUGGGCCCGUGAGAAACCACAAAGGGUUUCCCUUUUUAAAUCAUCACAGUUACAUUUGCUGCCUGUGGAUAAAAGGACCUGUUUGUUCUUCCUGCCGCCUUAACUGGUAAUUUCCCCCUAAAUGCUUAGCUAGCUCUGAAAUCUGGAGCUCGAAUUUAAACCAGAAAACCAUCCAGCGGCGGCUGCUACCUGUCAACUCCCCUUCUCUCUUUUCACGGUACGAUCCCAAACUGGGGGUUAAGUCCAGUGAAUUUGGUUGCAGGCCUAAUAGGGCAUUAGAUUUGGGGUAGACUGAUUUAUUUGGAAACGGAUGAUAAUAGAAGGAGUUCUCCGAAGCCCAGUAUAUGUGAGUGCUGAAGUUUCCACAGCAGAUUCCAUCGUGACCCUGACUGGUUCCCCCAUGGAAGAGCUGCUGAUUUCAGCAAAAUGUUGGCUACUCUGAGUUGCAGACACACAAAACUGAAGGUGCCGAGACGUGUGGGACUAGAAUUCAGAGAAGAGUUUGGGAGAGGAGGUGCCGAUUCGGGAGUUCCGGAGCAGAGACGCUCCUUGAAGUGGAGCGAGUGGACGAGGUUACAUCUGUGGACAGAGCGGCUGAGCAGGCAGCAAAGCCAAGUCCAGGUGAAACAGCCAGGAAGAACAGCCUCGUGUGGGGCGUUUUCAAGCAAAUGUUGUAAGCAAACACGAUACAAGUAGAAAUCCAGCACAAUGCUGCAUUUGGUAGGUGAGGGUUCUGUGAGCACAGAAUGUUUAUGCUAUAGGGAGAGGGCUGUAUUUCACACACAAUUCCUGCCUUUCAGAGAGUUCACGUUUCAUGUCAUAGAGUGGCUGACCUGAAAUUCUGAGGGAUGGCAGAAAAUGAGACUCAGGAAAGUGUAAUAGACAUUACUAUGAAAACUAUAUCAAAGAUGAUUUUCUGUGGAACACUAGCUUCAAAUAUUAUAUAUGUAAUAUCCACUGUUGCCCAGGGGAUUUAGCGCUGGCCUGUGAACCAAAUUUUUCACUGAAAAAUGGAGGUUGCUGGUUCAAGUCUCAGUUGGUGCACGUGCCUGGGUUGCAGGCCAGGUCCCCAGUAGGGGGCGUGUGAGAGGCAACCACCCAUUGAUGUUUCUCUCCCUCUCUGUCUCCCUCCUUUCCCCUCUCUAAAAAUAAAAUAAAAUCUUAAAAGGUUCUUUAAAGGGUAUUCAGAAAAAUGAGAGAAAGCACUGUUAUUAUAAAUAAUAACAAUGUUAUGAAAAGGGAAAUAUCUAGAGAUACAAGCUCUAGGAAGAUAAAAGAAAAAGUAAUUGCUAAAAUGAAACACCUUAUACUGGGAUUAAAGAAAUCUCCCAGGAUACAGAACCCAAGGUCCAGUGGGUAGAAGGUAAGGAAGGCAGUGGAAGAAAAUGAGUUGUACAAAUACCAGCCUUUUGCCCAUUUUUCUAUAAGAUUUUGGUCCUUUUAUUUCUUUCAGUUGGUAAAAGUUAUAUAUUAAUCGUAAGUGCAUAUAUGCUGUAAACGUAGGAGGAAGUGAGUUGGGAGAAAUGGCAAGCAAAUUGAGGGGGGAAAAGUACACCAAAAAGUUCCUUUAGAAAUUUGGAACUAUAGGGGCAGAAAGAUUUUUUCCCGCUCUAGUAUUACAUGUGAGGGUGUGGGUGCAGCAGUCACAGGACAAGAAGCUGCUCCCAAAAGGAGAAAAGAAAGGAAUUACAGUCCAUUCCCCAAACAGUACAUGUUCCAGUUGACCAGGGGCUGCCUUCAUCGGGAGCGUUGGGAGAGCCAGGUAUCGACGCCUCAAUAACAAAUUUUACUAACUAACCUUCCCCCACCAUCAGUUUACCUUUCUGUUUGCCUCCUUUACUGCCCACCCCACCCCUCCCAGUUCCUCAUAGUUGCUAGGGGAGUUGCCUUGAGGCUGAUGUAGCCAAAACUUGCCGGAAACAGUGAACACCUACCAUCCUAAGCAGGUGGCUGGCAGGAGGUGGUUGAGUAGUGAACUGGCAUAUACACACGCAAUUUCGAGUUGAGAACGGACAGUCUGGAGUAGCAAACAUUGAGGUGGGAGAAUACAGUAUUACGCAUGACCCGAAUCCCUGACUUACAUGGCGAUCAAUUUUAGAUUCAACCUUGUGUCAACCACAAAAGGAACAGUCAGCCCGGUUAGUGUGUCCUAGCUGCAUUAAUAACAGUUUUCAGAGCUCCAGAGAGCCCGGGAAGACUUGGGAGGUUGUUUGGUGCUCCUGCCGGCAGGCGGCGCUGUAGAAGCCAAUUCCCCGCUCAGGGAAGGCAGCAAGGAAGGAAAUGUUCCAAGGUUGCCCUGUGUGUCUCCAGGGCAACAGCCGCCCUGGGGCGGGGCUUGCUGGCAGAGACUCCACCCACCGGGGGGUCUACCCAGCACAGCGCUGGGCAGCAGCGUGGUAGGUGGACCUUCUCAGGCUUUGCAAGUACCAUCAGGUGGGAGUGUGACAUUUAAGUCGGCAGACGGGUUGGUCCAUGGUGGCGGGAGGACAGCCGGCUUGGGCUGUUCAUGCUGUGGGGAGAUGCUGUCCGGGCUGCUCGCACUGACUGAGAUCUGAGGCCCUGGUGGGCUGGGGGCCCAGGAGGGCUAUGUAGGGGAAUCUGAGCCUGAGGGUCCACCAGUCUGCGGACUGGUUUGUUAUCUUUAUCCAUCCAGCCUGUGGCCUCCAGAGGGCGCUCUGCGAACACUUGUUGAAUCAAUCACUGGCUUGAGAGCCCUACACAGCCACCGAUUUUACAGUCAGCCCAGGGUUUUCUGAGUGUUCUUGUUCCUGAAACUUGUGAGUUGGAAAUACUGCUGGUGAGGUACAGAAUGGAGGGAAGAAGAACAGAGGACGUUAUAGCUGAGAAGAGGACAGGAGUCCCAUGCGGGGCGGGCGGGGGUGGCAUAUGAUAGUACGAUACCAAAUUGCAGUGGUAGGGGUGACAAGAACGCAGUUUCCUGAUAGUCUAAGUUGACAAUUUCUUACUGCCUUUUUCUCUAGUGCAAAGAUAAGUAAAUAUGUGGUAUUCAGGGUAGAAUCCUUAGAGAUGGUAACCUACCGCCCGUGUUCCAUGGACCAGUAAGGUGAGUUACAGACAGGCUGAAGCGACUUGCUCCAGGUCACUGGAGUAAGUAAGGUAGGUCAACCCACGCUGUAACGUAAGUUUCUGGAGUUCCAGUUCUGUGCUCUGCCUCCUUCCCUUCAACAAAUAUUUCCUGGUACUUCUUUCCUUUAAUAGAUGUUCGUUAAUGAUAUUCCCAGUAUUGCUUCUCUUGGAUGGUGGCUGCCUAAUCAAGUGUCUGCCCCACAUUUCUCAGGUUAUCAGGAAGCUGUGGGCCUUUUUCUUCCUCCCCUUUGUCACCUUAUUCUAGGGAAAGUGAGCGGUAUUUUGAUUUUGGGUGCAGAAGGUUCAUUGAUGAUCUAUCAUUUCUUUCUGACAUGUCCAAUGUGUCUCUGGGGCAAAUAGUUUUCAGUGUAAAUUUCAUGUUAUUGGAGUGAAAAGCAGUACCAAUUGCAGAGAAUUCUGCAGAUGUAACUUUAUAUGUUUUUUUAUAAACACGUGAGUGUUUUUUAAAAUGUCACAUUGAAAACAGUUCUAUGCAGAUUGUAUCAGACAUACAGUACUAUGUAACACAUUUACAUGCCUAUGUCCCAUGAGGCUAUACAGUGCUUACAUGACUGUGUCCUGUGCUGUAUGCUCAAAUGUUCAUUUAAUGAAACUAUUGCCUGGCUGUUGUGGCUCAGUGGAUUGAGUGCUGGCCUGCAAACCAAAGGGUAGGCGGUUUGAUUCCCAGUCAGGGCACAUGCCUGGGUUGCGGGCCAGGUCCCCAGUAGGGGGCACACAAGAGGCAACCACACAUUGAUGUUUCUCUCCCUCUCUCCUUCCCUUCUCCUCUCUCUAAAAAUAAACAAAAAUUUGAGCCCUGGCUGGUGUAGCUCAGUGGAUUGAGCGCGGGCCUGCGAACCAGACAAUCGCGGUUCGAUUCCCAGUCAGGGCACAUGCCGGGGUUGUAGGCCGGUUCCCUGCAGGCCACUUCCCAGCAGGGGACGCAUGAAAGGCAACCAUACAUUGAUGUUUCUCUCCCUCUCUCCUUCCCUUCCCCUCUAAAGAUAAAUAAAUGAAAUCUUUAAAAAUAAAUAAAUAAAAAUAAAAAUAAACAAAAAUUUUUAAAAACUAAAAAUGAAUAAAUUUUUUAAAAAAGAAAUUAUUUAUUUUAGGUCCUGUUUCUCUGGUUAGAAAUGAGUAUUUGCCGAGGUUCCAGGGGCUGACUUCUUUAUGCAUCCUCCCCACUGUGCCUGUAAAACCAGGGCAUAUUUAUUCAGGGUCCCACCUCUUCCUGGGUAUGAAUCUGCUUUGUUUGCAGCUCGUGUUAACUUUUGGAAACAGGACCAACAAAAUGAUUACAAACUUCCUGGUAUUAUGUCACUGAAGCCUUGCCUGUUUUACUUAUUAUAGAAGAGUCUGGCUUCUCAAGAUCCAUUUCAGAACUCCUGAUCUGUUGUGGACAAAGGUAGAAGGCUUUUAACCAUUACUGGCGAGGACAGGUGCAAAGCCAUCCUGAGAUGAAAGGAAACGUGUUCACAGUCCAGGGGGAGCGCCCUUCAAUCCUGUGGCCGCCACUGAGCACAGGAGUAGGAGAACUGAUGAGGGUUAGAAAGAACAUUUCAAUAGCCCUGGCCUGUGAGCUCAGUGGGUUAGAGCACCAAGGCUCUGGGUUUAAUCCCCAGUCAGGGCACAAACGGGAAUCAACCAAUGAAGGCAUGAGUGAGUGGAACAAUAAGUCAAUGUUUCUCUCUCCCUCUCUAAAAUCAAUCAUUAAAAAAAGGAACAUUGCACACAUGUGAUUAGAAGUAUAUAUGAGAUUGGUCCGUCUAGUUAUGACAUCUAAGUUUGAGAGUAGUUCCUGAAAUCAAAGACCACACAGAUUCCCUCAGGUCUUCCGUUUGCUGCUUGGCUGGCUUUUCUGAGGCAGCCGUUUCUUUCACCAGCAGGAUCCCCUGCCCUACCCAUUCAGUGACUUUUAAAGUCAUGGAUAUUUAUUUAUUAUUUAAUUUUUUCUCUUGUAUUGGUUCUAGAGAGAGGAGAUGGAAGGGAGAAAGAGGGAGAGAAACAUUGAGGUGAAAGGGAAAUAUCAAUUAGUCGCCUCUUGCACCCGCCCCUAACCAGCAACCCAGGCCUGUGCCCUGACUGGGAGUCAAACCAGCGACUUCCGGUUGGUGGAACAAUGCCCAACGAACCGAGUCACACCAGCCAGGGCCACAUACGUUUACUGUGAAGUCUCUUUUGCAGAUGAAGGUGCAGCCAUGAUUCAGUGAGUCAUUCACAUAGUGGUAACAACAUGUUAAACACAGAGUGUAACUGUCCGGAAGAUUGUCGUCUUCCCCCGUUCUCUUAGAGUUUUCAUGCAGGGAGAAGAGAAAACGACCUGUACUUUUACUGCUUGAAAGGCAUGUCAUCACUUCCUUAUUCUAUUUGACCUUCUUGGAAGAGGGAAAACGCCCUCUCCCCUGCUGCAUAUGAAUGAAAAAGGAGGAGACAGAACCAAGAGCCAGGGGAACCCUGUCCUGUUACUGUUACUGGAGCUGCCAGAACUUACCUGACCCCUGGAUUCUACCGGUGGGUGAACCAGUAAAUUACCUUAUUGUUUGAGACGCGUCAGAGUUGAGUUUAGUCUUGCAAAAUCAAGAGUCCUAAAAGACAUGGAAAUUGUUAACAACAUGAGGAUUUGCACAUAAAUGGAUCCUGAAAUAUGAACUUGGCGGCAUAGAGGAAGCAGGAUGGAGGGAAGUAAUGACUGUCCUGCUCUUAGAAUUUGACAGUCUUUGUGAUGUAGUGACUGUCACCGGUUGUAUCUUGGGACCCACAUCAUGAAGUGGUUAAUACUUAGCACUGGGGGCUUCGCAGGUAGGAAAAAACGUUCAGGUGUUGCAGCAUGCUGGCCCCAGCCCUCGUAAGUUUCUAGAACACAAGAGACAGCCUUGGCCUGUGAGGACCUUGAUGGUUUUCAAGAACACAGGGCAGUUAUUCUGGAGACUGUCCCCCGGCUGGCGUGCGUUGGACGUGAUUCAUGGCUCGGUUUAGGUUCCUGGUCUUCAUGGGGAUGGCCAAGAAGUGAUGCUGUGCUCUCGCAUGGCUUCAGUUUGUUCCGUUACUGAUGGGAUUCACAUCCAUCACUUAAUUAAGGUCAUGUCUGCCAGACUUCCUGACUCUGAAGUUACUUUUGUCCCUCUUUGCCAUUAAUAAGUGUUCUAUGAUUUGGUGCAGAGGUACUGUGAAAUCAUGUCAAAUAUCCCAUUCCUCAUCAGAUUUUCUAUCUGUGUAAUGUCAGUGCGGACUCACCGUUUCCUCUUUUAUCCAGUGGAUUAUAAUCUUUGUCUGUCAGUGUUUGUUUGGAUGCCCCGAGUGUCCCAAAUUUGGACAGCGGGAGCCCCUCGGACAGCCUUCUGGGUUGUCCUGGCAGGUUGCCCUCAUCCUUGGGCAACUUCCGGGCUUUCUCUGGCCCACGUUCUUCCAGGCUUUUCUUCUGUUUUUCCUGUCCCAGUGCUGAAGUCGGUCGCUUCUCCAAGGAACCCUGCUUCCUCUGAACAGAAAGUGGGUUAGAAGGCAGAGUGAGUCUGGGACUAGGUGUGCUCACCGGUAUUUGGGAGUUGCUACUCACAGGCCCUCUCAGUGGGCAGGGGGAGGACAUCUCUACAUCACACACACACACACACAUGCGCGCACACACGUUUACAUUCCCAGUGUCUUCCACUUUAAGAACUGGGGGCAAAGGGUAAAUGAAACCUAACGGAAGCAGAAGAAAGGAAAUAAAGAUUAGUGUAGAAAUCGAUUUACUAGGAAACAGAUAAUCAGUGAAACUAGAAGCUCAUGAGAAAAGGCAAAAAUCAUUAAUAUCACCAAUACGACGGGGGACCUCACUGCAAAUUUCAGUUGGUUGAAGUACAAUGAGAGAAUAUGAUGAACUUAAUGCCAACAAAUUUGACAACUUAUGUGAAACAGGCAAACUCCUACCAAAGCUCACUCAAGAAGAAACAGAUAACCUGUAUAGCCCUAUAUCUAUCAUAGAAAUUUAAUUUAUUGUUCUUUCCCAUAAAUAAACUUUCAGUAGAGAAUUCUAAACAUGUAAGAGAGAAAAAAAUCAGCCCUGGCUGGUGUGGCUCAGUUGGUUGGACUAGUGACCUGGACACCAAAAGUUUGCUGAUUCAGUUCCUGGUCAGGGCACAUACCUAGGUUGUGGGGCUCGGGUCCCGGUGGAGGUGUGUACAGCAGGCAGCUGAUGAAUGUUUCUCUCUCUCUUUCUGUCCCUCUUCCUCCACUCUAAAAAAAUCUAUAAAUAUAUCCUCAGGCAAGGACUAAAAAAUAGGAAGAAAAAUAAUCAACUCUACACAAACUCUUCUAGAAAAUUAAAAAAGAGAGAAUAGUGUUCAACUCAUUCUAUGAGGCCAGCAGUGUAAUGCUAUCAAAGCCACAGAAAAUAUAAGAACAAAAUUAAAGACCAGUAUUCCUUAUACAUAGAUGUAUCAACUCUUACUAAAUUCUGAUCCAACAAUCUAUAAAAAUGAUUAACACAUCACAACCAAGUACAGUUUGUCUCAGAAGUACAAGGUUGGUUAGAUUUUGAAAAUCAGUCAACAUUAAUGGUUUAUAUGAACAGACUGAAAAAGAAAACCCAUAUGAUCCAUUCUUAAUUUUAAAAAAAACUCAGAAAAAUAGGAAUUAGAAGGGACCUUCCUCAACCUCAUAAACAGCAUCUACCAUAAACCUACAGCUGACGUAUAUAAUGGGAAAGACAGAAUUGUUUCCAUCAGAUCAGGAGCACAGCAAGACAACCCACUCUACUUCUCUUUAAACUUGUACUGGAGCUUUUUGCCGUGAAAUCAGGAAAAUAUGAAAAAUGGCUGGCAUCCAUAACGAAAAAGAAGUUGCUCUGACUGGUGUGGCUCCGUGGGCUGGGCAUCAUCCUGCAAAUCGAGGGGUCACCAGUUCAAUUCCUGGUCAGGAACUGACCAGGGUUCAAUGCCUGGGUUGCGGGCCAGGUCCCCAGUUUGGGGCAUGCAAGAGGCAACCAAUGGAUGCUUCUCUCGCACAUGGAUGUUUCUCUCCUCUUUCUCCCUUUCUCCCCCUCUCUAAAAAUAAAUACU